GGUAGGCUGUUGUAUUUUCGUGGUUCAUGAGCAUUGCAACACACGUGCGGAUGGAGGGCGACAGUGACGACAGGCGUGCGAAGUUGACGACGAUCGAGAAGACGACCGUGGCAGCGGUCGUGACGGCCGUGCUCUUUCAUUGUCAGCAGGAGAGGGCAUUGGGCAGAACGAGAGCGCAGAUCCGCGCGCAGAGGAGGAAGACGCUUCAUCAAUUCCUGGUCGAAGGGCUGGAUACCGUGGCCAUCACCGAGGCUGCAGUUCAGGUUUGCUGCACCAUGGGUUGCAGUGUUCUUCCACGAGCGACGCCGAGGUGGUGGAUGAAAAGGAGGACAGGGGGGCCGUGGGAAGAUCUCAGGCAAUGCGAUGAUGCGACGGAGGAGUACUUCCGGGAGAAGCAGCGUAUGUCCGCCAUGCACCCUGCCGAGGAUGCGGACGUGGAAGAAGACGACAAGGACAAGCAAAAGGAUGACCAGUAGCAGCAGCGGCAGCCUUCGAAAGA